CAAUUCACUGUCUUCCGGUUUAUGCUCAGCGCUGCAGAUUACCUGCGUCACCAUGUGGGAGAAAACAUUCCUGCUGCUGCACGUCAUGGAAGCUGUAAUGGCACCUCCAUGCUGGCAGGGGGCCACAUUUCCAGAGGCGGUGGUUUCUCCAGCGGUGGAGAGCAGCGGGAUCAUACAUGUGGCCGGUGUAACAUCUCUGCCACAGUGUGUGGCGGCGUGCUGCGACCUGCCCGGGUACGACCUGGCCUGGGUCUUUAAAGGUCGCUGCUACAUUCUGAGCUGCCAGCAGGAGGCAAACUGCCAACCCCAGGUUAGGCCUGGUUCCGACUCGGUUCUGGCCUUCCUGCAGAGGUCCUCAUCGCCUCAGACUUUGCUGCUUCAGUCUUUAGUGAGAGGAGAGGAAUAUGGUGGCGGCUGGGGGCCUGGCAGGGACCUGGAAGCCCUGAAAGGUCUCGCCCUGUUUGAUGGAACCCAACCAGACUUCUCGGACCCCAGGAUUCUGGAUGUGGAAUACUCAGAGGGAGGCUCAGAGGCGGGUCGGGCUCCGGGUGAUGCUAGUCAGAUAACAUCAGAGGCCGGUUCCGAAACGACGCCUAAACAGAACAGUGUGACACAAAUCAACCCAACCUUUCUGGAAAUGUUGGGUCAGGGAGAUGAAAACAGAACUGAACCACCAACAGUUUCUUCUGCUGCUGCUGAGGAAGGGAUGAAAUCCUGGAGCAGCUCAGGUUCCACAACUCUGAAACCUCAGGACUCCAUCCCCAGAAAUGUUGUGACAUCACACCAUGACAUCAUCACCAUAGCAGAGGCAGGUGAGAUCAAGCAGGUUUACCUGGAACCAGUUUGCCGUCUUUCAGUAGCAGGCCCGCCCCUGGCUCCAUCCCUGGGAAACCCUGUGGAUCUGACCACAGCGAGGCUCCUACUGGAACCAACAAGUCCAUCUGAUGUCUCCAGCACGACAGACCUGUUACGGUUUCUUCAGUCCCAAACACCCACCACCAUUCCUCUGCUACAGGACCUGACCUCUGACCCACCUGGAACCUCCUCAGCUGUCAGCACUCCCAUCACAAACUCUGUAGAGGUCAGUGGGUCAAACAGGCCCCCGACUGCCAUCGUAGGUCCUGACAGGAAGUUGUUUCUCCCUCUGAGCAGCAUUUUGCUCAACGGCAGCAGCAGCACCGAUGACCGCAGCAUCAGCAGCUACCACUGGGAGGUGGUGCGUGGUUGUCCUGGGCUGAAGCUGGAGGAUGCAGAUCAAGCUGUCGCCAUGUUGACGGGUAUCCAAGCUGGAUACUACACCUUCAGACUGACAGUGAGUGACCAGCAGGGGGCGAUGGACAGUGCCUUGCUGACAGUUAGGGUCCAAGAAGCUAGGACUCCCACCCCACCAGUCGCUCAUGCCAGCGGCAGCCAUGUCCUCACUCUGCCCAAUAACUCUCUGGUCCUGAGAGGCUCAGUGACGGGAGGAGACCAGACCCAGGUCCACUUCCUGUGGACCAGAGACAACCAGAGUCCAGCAGCCGGGCUGGUGCUGUUUGGUUCUGGGACCCGUGCCUGGCUGUACCUGUCAGACUUGGUUGAAGGAACCUACCUGUUCCAGCUAAAGGUGACCGACGCUUUGGGCCGCUCCAACACUGCCACAGCCACUGUGGAGGUCCGACCAGAGCCCGGCGGGUCGGAGCAGGUGGAGCUGGAGCUUCUGGUGCCGGUUUCCCAGGUGAGUGUGGCUCAGAGGGACACAGUGGUCCGACAGCUCGCCGCUCUGAUCCACGUCCUGGACCAAGACAUCCAGGUCCGGGUUCUGCAGGAGCGGACUCACCUCAGCUCGGUUCUGCGUUUUUCCGUCCGAGGCCCAUCUGGACCUGUUUCUGCUUCCAAACUGGCGGUUAUGCUGAGGAAGCAGCUGCUCAGAGAGAAGAGUGACUACCUGCUGUUCCGGGUCCUUAGAAUCGACACCGUUGUGUGUCAGCUGAGCUGUUCAGGGCAGGGUCAGUGUGAUCCAAUCACCAAGCAGUGUGUGUGUGACCCAUUCUGGACUGAGAAUCUGAUUCGUCGUUACCUUGGUGACGGGGAGAGUAAUUGUGCUGGACAUUCAUCUGCUGUAGCAGGAGGUGAGUUCCCACCUCCAGGUAACAAUCUGAUCCCAGACCAGCGGCUUGCUGCCCGUCUCCAUUUGUCUUCAGGGGGAGACGGGCCAAAGGAAGGAGGAGAACCCGCUACACCAUCCUGGAUGACAUGGACGAGCAGGAGAGGCUUGAGCUGCGACCCAAAUUCUGUAUUAAACACCGCAGCACGGAGCACAACUCCAGCCUCAUGAUGUCCGAAUCAGAGCUGGACAGCGAGCAGGAUGCAAUCUUCAGCCGGAACCGGACCAGCGCCCAGGCCACCCUCUUGAGGGGGACCUGAGGAGGCUGAAGGACACAAAGGUCCUCAGAACUUGGGUUUGUCUAAGAGGACUGCCUCCGUGAGUCGGUACCGUCUAAUUGGAUUUUAUGGAACAUCCUCUUCCCAGAGAUAC